AUGAGCAGCAGUCCCCCUUCGACGGGAGUUCCGAUCGGAGCGGCGCCGCCGCCGCCCGGGGAGACGCCCGACUUUGAUCAUCCGCGCGACGUCCUGCGUACGCUCCACAUCGCCUACAUGAUCAUCGUGCAGGUGAUCGUCGUUGUGUUUUUCGGCAUACGGGUUUUCGUCAAGUUGUCGGCCGCUGGGAGGUUCCGGCUCGAGGAUUGGAGUUGUCUGCUUGGAUGGAUUUUCACCGUGCUCCUCAACAGCACCGUCUUCAUUAAGAUCCAGUUCGGAGAAGGGUUUCACAUCUGGGAGAUUACCCAGACCAACUUCAUCGAGCUUCAAAAGUGGCUUUACAUCAGCUCGCUCCUGUACACGCCCGCAGCCUUCUUCACCAAGGUCGCGAUCCUGCUCCUCGUCGUGCGCGUCUUCUCCGUCGACACCAUCGUCGCCCGCACCCUUCACGCGCUCCUGGGCUUCUUCAUGAUCUGCUACUUCCCGGCCCAGGUCGCCAAGACGCUCGUCUGCCUCCCCGUCGAGGCCUUCUGGAACCCCGCGAUACGGGACUUCAGGUGCAUCGACCAGACCAAGCUCUUCAUCUACGACACCACGCUGGGUAUCGUGUCCGACCUCGCGAUCCUGCUCGUGCCGAUGAUCCUGACGUGGAGGCUGCGGGUCUCGGUCAUGAAGAAGAUCAAGAUCGUGGGGCUGCUCGGGGCCGGCGGCGUCGCGGUGGGCAUCACGGCGUACAGGAUGAACCUCGUCCUCCAGUUCGAGGACACCAAGGACCCGACGGUCGAUUUCGUACCGCUCGACUGGACCGUCACCGGGGAACUCGCGAUCGGGCUCGUGUGCGCCUGCUUCCCGUCGAUAAACUACCUCCUCGAGCAGCGCACCCUCAGGAACGGCCCGACGCCCAACACCCCGCGCUCGACGUCGUCCAAGUGGCGGAACGCCUCGAGGAAAUACAUCGACACCAUCACGUCGUGCUGCACGCGGUGGACGGGCAGCAGCGCGACCAGCAGGACCUGGCUCCGGAGCAACAAUUUCGCCACGAGCAGGGACAGGCUCGCCGUCACGCCGAACGCGACGCCCGAGACGGAGAGGAGCGAGCCGCGGCGCGAGGACUACGACAUCGAGCUCGCGGUGCUGGCGCGGCGGCCUACGGUGGAUUCGUUUGCCGCGCGGGGUCCGUCGAGGGGAGGAGGUGGGGUGUUGGAGGGCGGCGGCGGUGAGGAGGGGUGGCUUGCGCCGUUGCCGAUGCUUAAGCCGUUGCCGGACGUUGGGAGGGAGUGUCCUGAUUGA